AUGCCGAAGGUCUACCGCAGGCCGCCUCAGGCACUGUUGACUGUUCGACUUCCGGGGCCGCCACCGCGUGUCGCCGAGUACGCCGCCGACAACCUCUCCUUAGCCCUUCUGCCGCCGCCGGAGAGUGUUCCCGCCUCCACCCUCUCGAGCUCCAUCACUCUCCUCGACAUCCAACGCGAUCGCCUCACCAAGAUCGCCACCGCCAACUGGCUGAAGGCGGACCGAGAGUUCGAUCCCCAACUCGUGAAGGGGAUCUAUGAGUCCGAGCUUCUCGUUUCUGGGGGUAGGAAGACUGUGCCGCUUCAGAGAGUGAUGAUUCUUGAAGUGAGCCAGUAUCUGGAGAAUUAUUUGUGGCCUAAUUUUGAUCCGGAGACGGCGACGUUUGAGCAUGUGAUGUCCAUGAUUCUUAUGGUCAAUGAGAAGUUUCGGGAGAAUGUAGCGGCAUGGGUUUGUUUCUAUGAUCGAAGGGAUGCGUUUAAGGGGUUCUUACAGAGGGUUCUUCGGCUUAAAGAGCAGGGAAGAACUUUGAGCAUUGUGGAGAAGACAAAUUACUUGCUUUUCAUGAUUAAUGCCUUUCAGAGUUUGGAAGAUGAGAUUGUCAGCGAAACUGUUCUGAAGUUAGUAAGCCUGCAGCUUUGGCACAGUCUAUCAUUUGGCAGAUUCCAGAUGGAGUUAUGCCAAAAUCCCCAUCUAAUCAAGAAGUGGAAGAAAUUGACCAAGAAAGAAGCUAAAGAAGCCAAGAAAGCAGGACAUCCAUUUGAUCCUUCGUCGAUGCUUGAAGUGACAUUUCUUAGGAAUAUGAUUGAAGAAUUUUUGGAGAUACUUGACUCUAAGGUAAUACCACGUAUGCAAAUUGAUGAUGAAGACCAAGUUGAUGAUUCAUGUGUUCUAUAUUGUGAGAGGUUUAUGGAGUUCCUAAUUGAUCUAUUGAGCCAACUGCCUACUAGGAGAUUUUUGAAGGCUGUCGUUGCUGAUGUUGCUGUUGUGUCCAAAUGCCGUCUAAGUGCACUUUAUCAUCAUCACGAGAAAGGUCGUCUUUUUGCGCAACUACUAGACUUGCUUCACUUUUAUGAAGGAUUCGAGAUUGAUGAUCAUGUUGGAACACAACUUAGUGAUGAUGAUAUCCUGCUUGCUCAUUAUUCUCGUAUGCAAGCUUUCCAACUACUGGCAUUUAAACAAGUACCUAAGUUACGAGAUCUUGGAAUGUGCCAUAUUGGUGCAAUACACAAGCGUGAUGAUCUUUCGAAGAAGUUAUCUAUAUUAUCUUCCGAGGAACUGGAAGACUUGGUCUGUAAUAAGCUGAAGCUGGUUUCUGAUGAAGACCCGUGUGCUAAAAGGCGUGACUUUCUCGAGGAAGUUAUAGUCUCUUUCUUUGAGAAACGUCAAUCUCAAAAGGAAGCAAUAAAUGCUCUUCCUCUCUACCCAAAUGAGAAAAUAAUGUGGGAUGAGAGUGUUGUCCCAAGUAUCAAUUAUUCAGGAGAAGGAUGUCUUGCUCUUCCAAAGCUUAACCUCCAGUUUUUAACACUUCAUGAUUACCUAUUACGGAAUUUCAACCUUUUCCGUCUUGAAUCAACAUAUGAAAUCCGUGAAGAUAUCCAAGAAGCUGUUCCACAUCUUCUUGCAUACAUUAAUAAUGAGGGAGAAACUGCUUUUCGUGGAUGGUCGAGAAUGGCAGUUCCAAUCAAGGAAUUUAGAAUUGCUGAAGUGAAACAGCCAAACAUUGGAGAAGUUAAACCUGCUUCUGUAACUGCACGAGUUACUUUCAGCAUCUCUAGUUACAAAGCACAUAUAAGAUCUGAGUGGAAUGCCUUGAAAGAGCAUGACGUCCUAUUUUUAUUAUCAAUUCGUCCAUCAUUUGAACCUCUUAGUGCUGAGGAAGCUGCUAAUUCUACUGUACCUGAGAGGCUUGGGCUUCAAUAUGUACGUGGAUGUGAAGUAAUUGAGAUCUGUGAUGAGGAAGGCGUACUUAUGAAUGAUUUCACUGGCCGGAUUAAAAGAGAUGAAUGGAAACCGCCUAAAGGUGAACUUCGUACACUUACCCUUGCCCUGGAUACUGCACAGUAUCACAUGGAUAUGACUGAUAUUGCUGAAAAGAGAGCAGAGGAUGUUUAUGGGACUUUUAAUGUUUUAAUGAGAAGAAAGCCUAAAGAAAAUAACUUCAAAGCAAUUUUAGAGUCCAUACGUGACCUUAUGAAUGAGUAUUGCAUAGUUCCUGAUUGGUUGCAUAAUAUAUUUUUGGGCUAUGGAAAUCCUUCUGCUGCACAGUGGACAAACAUGCCUGAUCUGCUGGAAGUGGUGGAUUUCAAAGAUACAUUUCUCGAUGCCAACCAUUUGAGAGAGAGUUUUUCUGAUUUUCAGGUCUCCUUUGUUCGCCAAGAUGGUGCAGAGGACCCCUCUCCACAUCCCCCUUUUUGGAUAAAGCUUCCAAAAGCAAUUAAAAGCAACACUCAUGCUCUUCCAGGCAACAAAUCCAGAAAUGCAAAGUCCUUGAAUGAUGGAAACAUGGGAGAUGAAGGUUCUGAGAAGGAGAAAAUUUUUAUUGAGCAUUAUAUCCCUGCUGAUCCUGGGCCUUAUCCCCAAGAUCAGCCAAAGCAAAACUCUGUUAGAUUUACACCAACACAGAUUGGAGCAAUCAUUUCAGGUAUUCAGCCUGGAUUGACUAUGGUUGUAGGUCCACCAGGUACUGGAAAAACAGACACAGCCGUCCAGAUACUUAAUGUUCUUUACCACAACUGCCCUUCACAAAGAACAUUAAUCAUCACCCAUUCCAAUCAAGCUCUGAAUGAUCUUUUUGAGAAAAUCAUGCAGAGGGAUGUCCCUGCUAGAUACCUUCUUCGGCUGGGGCAAGGUGAACAAGAGCUGGCGACGGAUCUUGAUUUUAGCCGUCAAGGUCGUGUCAAUGCUAUGCUGGUCCGGCGGCUAGAAUUGCUUGGUGAAGUAGAAAGGCUUGCAAGGUCCCUAAAUCUACCAGAGGAUGUAGGUUACACUUGCGAAACUGCAGGAUACUUUUGGUUGCUUCAUGUCUACUCCCGUUGGGAACAAUUUCUAGCUGCAUGUUCACAAAAUCAAGAUAAACCAACAUUUGUUAAAGACCGCUUUCCAUUUACGGAUUUCUUUUCAAAUGCUCCUCAACCCAUUUUUACCUGUGAAUCCUUCGAGAGAGACAUGAGAGCUGCUAAGGGUUGCUUUCGUCAUCUCUCCACAAUGUUUCAAGAACUUGAAGAAUGCAGACCGUUUGAGUUGCUCAAGUCUACAGCUGAUCGAGCAAACUAUCUGAUGACCAAACAGGCAAAAAUUGUUGCCAUGACAUGUACUCAUGCUGCCUUAAAGAGGAAGGAUUUCCUUCAAUUUGGAUUCAAAUAUGACAACUUGUUAAUGGAGGAGAGUGCUCAAAUACUUGAGAUAGAGACAUUUAUUCCUAUGUUACUUCAAAGGCAGGAAGAUGGUUAUGCUCGGCUUAAGCGUUGCAUAUUGAUUGGUGAUCAUCAUCAGCUUCCUCCAGUUGUUAAAAAUAUGGCCUUUCAGAAGUAUAGUCAUAUGGAUCAAAGUCUUUUCACAAGGUUUGUACGUCUUGGGAUCCCUUAUAUAGAGCUUAAUGCGCAGGGUAGAGCUCGACCAAGUAUUGCCAAACUUUACAAUUGGAGAUAUAGAGAUUUAGGCGACCUUCCUUAUGUAAGGGAGGAUCCUAUUUUUCACAAAGCUAAUGCUGGAUUCUCUUAUGAGUACCAGCUGAUAAAUGUGCCAGAUUUCCGUGGAAAAGGUGAAAGUGCACCAUCUCCUUGGUUCUAUCAGAAUGAAGGGGAGGCUGAGUAUAUUGUCAGUGUUUACAUGUAUAUGAUCUUGCUUGGAUACCCACCGAGUAAGAUUUCAAUAUUAACCACUUACAAUGGCCAGAAGCUUUUGAUUAGGGAUGUUAUCAGUAGAAGAUGCACGUCAUGCGGAAUUCCUCCCCCUAGCAAGGUUGCAACAGUUGAUAAAUUUCAAGGUCAGCAGAAUGAUUUCAUCUUAUUGUCGCUUGUGCGCACUCGAUUUGUUGGCCACCUUCGUGAUGUUAGGAGACUGGUUGUUGCUAUGUCUCGAGCACGGCUGGGCCUCUAUGUGUUUUGCCGGCGUUCUCUAUUUGAACAAUGCUAUGAGUUACAGCCUACAUUUCAGCUUUUGCUUCAGAGACCCGAACGCCUAGCAUUGCAUCUAGAUGAGAUGAGUCCUUUCACUGAGCGGCUUGUUGGAGAAACAGGACGGAUUCAUUUUGUUAAUGACAUCCAGGAGAUGGAAAGCUUGGUUGGUUUCAGGAUGCAUCAGCUGUCCCAGGCCCAAUUAAUGAUCCAUCAGUAUGGAGCACCUCAAGAGCCCAUCCCCCAUGCAGAUAGACCUCAGAUUCAGGAUUCUGAGAACCGGGUUGAGGAUACUAAUAUGUCUGUGAAAAAUGGUGAUAUAGGGAGUUUACCACCACAGGUUCAGGAUUCUGAGAACCUGGUUGAGGAUAUGAAUAUGUCAGUGGAGGAUGGUGAUGUAGGGAAUUUACCACCUGAAAAUGGUUCAAUGGAUCAGAACGGUGAGAUGGAGGAAUGAUGAAUGGACUCAGAUGGGAACUUGAGAUGGAGGGAGUAGGAAUUUGAUGGUGGGUUGACUGGAGUCACGGAUGAUGCUACUGAAGUUCGCCUGAAGAUGCUUCGAUUGUUGUGGGUGGCAAUCAAUAUUUUGCUCCAGGACCCGACAGAAUUUGCAUGCUCCUUCAGAAAAAGGUUUUUCUAGAUUCACGUCUUAAGCACGAUUCGUCUGGGAUUGUGUAGAAUCCUAGAUAACGCAUUCCCCCCCUGCAGUGUUGCAUCGGUGCAUGAGACCGAGGGAUCAAGCCUUUCAGAGGAUUCUAUGGAGUAAGGAAAUAUAUCCAUCUCACAUGCUGCAACACCAUGUAUUCUGACCUAGUUUGUUUCUUUAUGAAACUAUGUACAUUAACAUUUUAUAUUAAGUUGUCGGAGGUUAUCUAGCCUCAAUGAACUCUGUAACUUACAUA